GCGAUCGAGCGGAUGGGCGAGCAGAUCAGAGGCGCGACGAGCGCGGGUGGAGCCGUUCAAGGUCUCGUAGACACCAGGGGGAUCGGCAAGCCCACGACGCUGGGCGACGACCAAGAGAAGUUCGGCGCCUGGAAUCGCAAGAUGGAGAACUACGUGAUCGGCGUGUACGGAGAGAGUUUUCGCCCUGUUCUUCGGUGGGCAGCCGAAGCCGAACGCCCCGUGACGAUCGAGGGAGCUCGGGCGGUGCACGACGGAGUUCCAGAGCUGGAGACCAAGGUCAACCAGCUGUACGCGGCGCUGAUCAGCACGACGGCGGACGGCAGCGAGAGCAACGACCUCGUGACGGGCGCCCCCGACGGGAACGGUCUCGAAGCCUGGCGGAAGCUCCACCGCAGGUGGGAUCCGACGACAGGCCCGAGGAAGAGGCUGAUCCUGAGGUCGAUCAUCUCGCCUCCGAAGUGCAGCGCGGACGAGCUGGGGUCCGCCUUAGAGAAGUGGAUCCAGCAGAUAGGCAGGUACGAACGCCGCCAAGGAGAAGAUGGUCUGGCCGAGCUGCCGGAGGAUAUCAAGAUGGCGGCCCUCGAGAUGCUCGUGCCUCAGGACAUCGAGAACCACCUCGUACUCAACAAGCAUCGGCUCGUAACGUUCCAGGACAGUCUGAACGAGGUAAUGACGAUCGUAGAGGCUCGGACCGGCGUGAAGAUCAAGGCGGCAGGCAGCCUGGAGGAGGAGCCUGAAGCGGAGGUCGCCGCUCUGGACAUGGGCAGCUUGGACUGCCUGGAGCUCGCCAGCGGCAGCGGCCGCGGCAUAGCGGCGGUCGACCUCUCCCCCUUCGCGCAGGACGACUGGAUGAAGUUCAACUGGGACAGCGGUGCAGCUAUCUCAGCAUUCCCUCGGAGCUUCGCGCCGCCGACGGGAAUGAAGGGCAACGGCAGCACGUAUCGUACGGCCAGUGGUGAGCUCGUCCCGGACGAGGGCAGCUUGCAGCUCAAGGCGGAGGACGAGUACGGAGUGCUACGAGCACUCAAGGGACGCGUGACGAACGUGCACAAGCCGUUGAUCUCGGUGGGGCAGGCAGCAGGAGCUGGACAGCGUUCAUUCCUGGGUCGCAAUGGCGGCUGGAUAUUCCACGAGAAGAGCCCAAUCGGCAAGCGCGUGGUAGGCAUGCUCGAGAAGGAGGCGAAGGCGGCGAAGCACCAGAUGCUGCCGGUCUAUCGCGAGCAGGGCGUCUACAACUUCUACCCCAAGAAGGGCCAACAUGGCUCGGUUGCUCCUCUCGAGGAGGGACUUUCGGCGAAGUCGAAGUCCGAGCUAGUGGAGCUCCUCAGCGGCAAGUCGAAGGAGGAGCUGCUGGAGAUCCUCGAGAAGACACCAGCGGCAGCUGCUGCGGCCGACGCUUUGCCAGCUGCUCCUGAUGGACAGCAGGCCGACGAGGGCGAGGAGGAGGCUCGCCCGAGAGUGCUGAAGGCACCUCAUGAGCCCUCUCAGAGGGAGAUCGACGAACACGAGGCGAUGGGACACGCGACUUAUCGCAGCUGGUGUCGCGUGUGUAUUGCGGCAAAGGGCCAAGGCCAGCCGCAUCUCCGCGCACCGGAGGACGACGAGACGGCGGUGCCGGUGGUCUCGUCCGACUACGCCUUCAUGGGCCAGGACGACGCGGACACCAUGCCGAUGCUGGUACUUAGGGAUCGGCGCUCGAAGAUGAUGGCAGCGACAUUCGUGGAGAAGAAGGGCGACGACGCCUACGCCAUCAAGUUCUUCGCACGCUUCUUGCGGAUCCUGGGCUACAGGAAGAUCGUCAACAAGUCCGACGGCGAGCCGGCGAUCCUGUUGGUCAAGAGGCGUGCGGUGGAGGAGGUUCCUGGCCUCGAGGCCAUUCCCCAGGAGUCGGCACCGGCCGAUCAUCAGGCCAAUGGGGAGAUCGAGGUCACGGUGCGCGAGAUUAAGAAGCAGGUGCGGGCGCUCAAGAUGGACCUGGAGUCCAAGCUGGGCGUCAAGGUGGAGGACAAGCACCCGGUGCUAGCGCACCUGCCGGAGCACGCCGCAUCGGUAAUCAACCGAUACCGGCGCGGCCAGGAUGGCAAGACCGCUCUCCAGCGGCUCACGGGACGGCAGUGGAGGAAGCCGGUCCCGCUCUUCGGCGAGCGCUUGAUGGCGCGGUUCGCCGGGGAGCGCGCGAGGAAGAACGCGCUGGAGGAGCAGAUGGUGGAGGCUCGCUACAUCGGCCACCACCCGCGCGACGGCUCGAUGAUGGUCAUCACGAGCGACGGCGUGAAGAAGGCGGUAGGCUUUCGCAGCCUGCCGCAGAGCGAGAAGUGGAUCACGGCGGGCUGGGAUGGCCUGAAGGGCCUGCCGUGGGACGUGGCUCCGCGUGCGGCAAGCGCGCCGCGGGCCAUCGUCGGACCUGGAGAGGUCGGACCGCCACCAAUUGUGGUGGUGUCGCCGCAGCCGCAGGCGCCGAGGAGGAUGUACGUCCUCAAGGCGGACGUCGAGCGGCUGGGCGCAACGCCGGGAUGCCCAGGGUGCGUCUCGAUCGCCAAGCACGGCCGCAAGAGAAUCUUCGAAGCGCUGGACGCUGAGGAGGCAGGCCGGGAGAGGACCGGCCAGUAUCGAGAGCGGAGGCAGGGCCAAGAGGCCAGAGUCCGACCAGCGGCAGCGGCCGCGGCAGGGACCCCUCCGCCGAAGACGGCUCGGAGGAUCACCGAGCCGGUGGCAGCGGCGGCAGCGGCAUCGGCCGCGCCGGCCGCGGCCCGAUCGGCAGCAGCGCCAGCCGUGGCAGCCACAGCGGCGCGCAUGCGAGAGAGCCAGCCGGUAGCACCGGGCUUCGGCGCGGCGGCUCCUUCAGGAGGAGCGAGCUCCAGUUCGGGAGCGGCGCGAGCGGCAGAGGCCGCCGCGGAUGUCGACAUGACCGCGGCCAGGUCGCGGCUGAAGCGCUUGGCAGAGGUGGCCCCGGAUGACGUGCCGGAGGCCCUCGAGCGCGGUGAUCCACAGCCGGCAGACGUGCCGGUACCGGUGGACAUGGAGGAUCUCGCGGCGCAGCCGGCGCCAGCGGAAGGACCUCAGCUGCCAGCUGGAGUGGCAGUCGUGUGGAACGCCAGUGAGGGGAGGCACAUGCGGGUGCUCGCCCUCGAUAUGGCGUCGAUCGAGCUGGUUGAGCUCGGAGUGCUGACGAGAGCGAAGGCGGAGUUGCUCCCGCUCGUUCGCGAACAGGUCAGUGGCCAUUGGGCCAGCGCCGGCGUGGACAUCGCCGACGAAGAGGUGGACAGCAUCGCCCUAUCGGCGUUGCAGCUGGGCGCCGUGGACGUGGCCGAGGUGUACUCGCCACAUCGGUUCUCGGCUCGGGCAGCGGAAUUUCAGCUGCGCCCGGGCUUCGCGGCGGACCUGGAGGAACUCAAGGAGGACGGGACGCCGUGGGACUUGCGGCGCCCCGAGGAUGUCAAGGAGCUCGAGAGGCAGCAGGAGCGGAUGGAUCCCAUCCUGCUCACGGGGUCCCCUCCAUGCGAGAAGUUCAGCUUGCUGAGGGGCCUGAGCGCCAAGUUCAGGACCGAUGAGCAGGAGGCGGCUGAGAUGGAGGAGGCCAGACACCACCUGAAGGUGGCAGUCGACGCCUACUGGCGUCAGCUCAGGAAGCCAGGCAGGUACUUCCUGCAUGAGCAUCCCUGGAGCGCGCGAUCGUGGAAUGAGGACAUCGUCAGGGAGCUGGUCGCGCAUCCAGGAGUCUUCACGGUCAAAGGCCCCAUGUGUCGGUGGGGCAUGAAGCUCACGAACCCACGCAGUGGUCAGGAGGAGUUCGUGCGCAAGGAGACCGGAUGGGUCACCAACCAUCCAGGCUUAGCCCGGAGGCUGCAGGGCACUUGCAGCAAUGUGGACGGCCGCGCGGAAUGGCAUCGCCACAUCACGCUCGUGGGCGGCAUCGCGCGGUUCGCGAAGGUCUAUCCACCGAAGUUGGUAGAGGCGGUGCUGGAGGAGCUCAAGGACACGCUGGAUGACGUGGGAGAGCUCAGCACCGCCCAGGUGCAGCAGUCGGGCCCAGUCCCUGUGGACGCGGCAGUGCCGCCCGGGGACUGGACGAGUUACUGGGACGACGUCAAUGGCGGCUACCUGGAGGCGGGCCUUGUGGCCCAGGCUCGCGCGGUCGAGCGCGAGUGGGUCAAGAAGCAGGAGCUGAUCGAGAUCGUCCCGAGGUCUCAGGCUUUCGCCGAGACUGGGCCACCGCUCCACAUUCAGGAGUCGCUUCGCAAGAAGGGCAGGAAGCCGGGCAACUUCAAGAUCGGCUUCUUCGACAUCAGCAGGGCGCACUUCUACGGGAAGGCGCAGCGGAGGAUCUUCGUGGAGCUGGAGGAGGAGAGUCGCAAGGAGUACGGCGAGGACAAGUGCGGCCUACUCCUCAAGUCCUGGUACGGCACGCAGGACGCCAGCAAGAUCUGGCAGGGCGACUACACGGAGCUGCUGGAGGAACACGGCUACAAGGCGGGCGUGUCGUGCCCAGCGGUCUUCUACAAGGAGGUGGACGAGACGAGGCUGCUGGGGCACGGCGACGACUUCGCGGUGCUGGCUCAGCAGCAGGACAUCGACAGCUUCGAGGCCACGCUGGGCAAGAAGUACGAGUUCAAGAAGACUGCGAACCUAGGCUUCGACGAGGGCGAUGACAAGCAGGCGGUCUUCCUGAAUCGGGUCAUCGAGGUCAGUGCGGGAGUUCCGCCUGGCGGUGGCCGGCCCUGCCGGCAUGCGAUGAUCGAGCCGGACAAGCGGCACGCGGAGAUCGUGAUCGACGAGUUGGGUCUCAGCAAGGCCAACGGCGUGGACACGCCGAUGGAGAAGCGCAGCGCCGACAAGCAGAUGAUGGAUGCGAAGUCGGCGGCGUUGGGAGCAGCGGAAGCUUCGCGCUUCCGAUCCCUCACCAUGAGGGUGGCCUACCUGUCUCAGGACAGGCUGGACUUGGCAGAGGCAUCAAAGACGCUCGCUAGGUCCAUGCAGACGCCAACGGAGGCGAGUUGGCUCAUGCUCAAGAGGGUUGGCCGCUACCUCAAGCGGCAUCCUAGCACGGUGACGGUUUUCACGGAGCAGAAGAUGUUCGACAAGAUCCGGGUGUACGUGGACUCCGAUCAUGCGGGCUGCGCAGUCACCCGGAAGAGCACCGGAGGCUUCGUGGCGAUGCUGGGGCAUCAUGUCGUCAAGCAUGGCAGUAAUCUGCAGUCGACGGUUUCUUUGAGCAGCGGAGAGAGCGAGUACUACGCCCUGGUGAAGGGCGGGAGCGUGGGCCUGGGCCUUCACAGCCUCUUCGCGGACUGGGGGCUGGACCUGAAGGUAGAGCUCGCCUCGGAUUCAUCGGCGGCCCGGGGCCACGUCCAACGGCGGGGUCUCGGGAAGAUGCGACAUGUUCAAUCACGAUACUUGUGGAUCCAGGAGCGCGUGGGUAAGGGCGACCUCUCGAUCGCCGCGGUUCCUGGUAAGAACAAUGUCGCGGACGUGCUGACCAAGAGCGUGGGUGGAUCCCUUUUGAGGAGACACAUGGCGACGCUCAACAUCUGGGAUCGGACACCGAGUUUGACUCAGAAGGACUUCAAGUGA